AUCCUUUUGAAAAUUCAACUCUCUUCCAUGAACGAAAAUUGCAAUUAAAAUCGAAACUUUGCUAGAAAACGAUUUGCUGAAUCAUAUGGCAAUGUUUGGUGAUUGCCACUCUGUGCCAAAGUUAGCAUGCGUGUUUUUAAAGUUCAACUCAUUGGCUCUUGACCGCCGUGUCUAAAGUUUGGAGUGCGCGCGUUGCCAGGUCCGAUCCUGAGUUUGUACGAUAGUUUGUGUCCAGUAGAGGAGUAUCACUCACGGGCAGAAUAUCUUGAAACCUCGGCGGACAAAGUAUACAACACUCAGCCCAAUCAAUGGAGCCGCACCAAAAAAACCAGAAAUCCGCCUUUGGAAAGAAGUAGGCCAACUUCGUAGAUUUAACUUCGUGGAUGUGAUCAGUCGAUUUUGUGAAACGAACAAAGCACCACUUUUUUUCUUGUGGCCCUUAAAACCUUUCGAAAAAUGGAUCAUCUGAAUCAAAUGAGCAAAGAGGAAUUCAUCAACACGUUCAAAAAUGUAGUAGAAUAUACUCCAGAGACGGCCACUUUCCUCGUACUACAUCGACCCUUUCAAUGCGUGGAUUCGAUCAUCUUAGGCGUCUCUAAGUACUUGGAUCAGCAAAAUGGUCAAAAGCUAAGAGACAUUCUCAAUAGCCAUCCAGAUCUGUGUGGUCGACUUGCUAUGCAAAAUAAGUUGUCAAUUGAGAGUACUAGCGAACAAAGUGGGACUGGAUUGUUGGGAUUGUCUCCAAAAGACCAACAACGAAUCUCUGAACUAAAUGCCAUGUAUCGAAGUUCCUUUGGAUUUCCUUUCGUCAUUUGCGUGAGAUUGUCAAACUUCAAGUUGAUCAUGUAUGAGCUGGAGCGCCGCCUUAAAAACUCAUCAGAGGUCGAACUCAUCAACGGAAUCGAGCAAGUGAAGAAAAUUGCCGCUCUUCGAAUUCGGGAUAUAUGUGCCAAAUUAUAAGCCUCUCUCUUUGAUUAAAGAGUUUUUGUUUUGAAUUAAUUGAUGAGUAUUCCAAAACUCGAAACGUCAGUGAUUGCUUCAUCUGAAAUAAUUUCAAGGUGAUAAAAAGGAUAUAAUAAAUGCGUUUCUUCGUCAUAUACUA